AUGGUCUCAUCAACCCUCUCCAUAUCGAGGGAAGUUGCAGAGGUAGUUCGGAAGGCAAUCCAACGACGGAUGUCUAAAAGCAUGUAUGCAUUUGAAAAGACGUCGAAAUUUCGAAUCGAUGAGAUUAGACGAGCUUAUGUGAACUUGGGGCCAUAUCAACCUAAACUUGAGUAUCCUAGCCCUUUGAUCACACCGGACACUAAUGCUCAUUGUGGAAUCAAUCAAAAUUCUGAAGAUUUUGUAGUUUCACCAGACGGGUUUCAUUCUUCUGGGAAGAAUUCAAUGGAACUUGACCGGCAAAGGCCUUCAGUGAUCUUUGAUGUUGGUAUUGAUAUUGAUUUUGAAGUCGAAGCAGGUGGGAUUUUUCAAAGAUCUGAUUCUGUGAAGUCUAAAAGUUGUCUUUCUCAUGAACACAGGCACACGAAUGAUGUGAUUCAAUUGGCAUCACAUAUUCAAAGAGUGAAGCAGCAGAGGAAUUCUAUGCAAUUGAAACAGGAAAAUGUGUGUUCAUUCCCUACCAUGUAG